AAGAAAAUUAUAUUUUGAGUGCUGAAGUAUCUUUGAGUCCCGAAUUCUUGAUAAAAAAUUUCUAAAUCAUGGGUUUUGGCGACUACCCUAUUGAGUAUAAUCCAAAAAUUCAUGGAGUGUAUGAUCCAGCACGCUUCUAUGGCAAACCUGACACUCCAUUCAGUCAAUUAAAAGUUGGCGAAAUCACUGAAUGGUUAGGACGACGUCGGAAGAGUCCAAACGCUUUGGCAGGAACUUUCAGCCGAGCAUUUUGGAGGUGGCAACACAAAUAUUGCCAGCCAAAACGUGCUGGCAUUGCUCCAUUUUUCCAAGUUAUUGCAGCGUCAAUGGUUUUCUUUUACACUAUUAACUAUGGAAAGAUUAAGCUUCAUAGAAACUACAAAUAUCAUUAAGUAUUCGAAUGUAUGUCCUGAAAGUUCAGCUACUUUCUCGUCUUUCCACAUCUUGAUGAGAUUAGCAAAUUUAAAGCUUUCCAUUUGAAAUUGUUUUGAAAGUGAACAUAAAUAGAAAGAAAAAGUAAAAUAAAGUUUCAUUAUUCGGGAAUAAAAA